GCCAUCUCGAAUUAGUACGUGGAGGACAAAAUGAUAUAUAACUGGAGCUAAGAGCCAAAAAGGCUCGACCUUUCCCCUUUCUCUGCGGUUGCCUUUCUCCUCCUUUCCAAGAUCGCUUUUCCACUAGAAAGGAGGAUGUUUUCUGGCUUGAUUCACCGACCGGAAGCUUCGAUUCCACCGGAGGACGCACACGGCCCCAGCCUGGUACUCACGGCGGACCCCAAGCCGCGCCUCCGAUGGACGGCCGACCUCCAUGAGCGCUUCGUCGACGCCGUCGCCCAGCUCGGGGGCCCCGAAAAGGCAACGCCAAAGGCUAUCAUGCGGACAAUGGGUGUUAAAGGACUCACUCUUUUUCACCUCAAGAGUCAUCUUCAGAAAUACAGACUAGGAAAGCAAUCAGGUAAAGAAAUGACUGAGCAGUCAAAGGAUGCUUCCUACCUUUUAGAGAAUCCAGGCAGCAGUGCUUUGUCUCCAAGAGUGCCUACUCCUGAUGUGAAUGAGGGUCAGGAAGUCAAAGAGGCACUUCGAGCACAGAUGGAAGUGCAAAGAAGACUCUAUGAACAAGUGGAGGUUCAGAAGCAUGUGCAGAUUCGAAUGGAUGCUUACCAGAAGUAUAUUGACUCCUUAUUAGCAAGGGCAUGCAAGAUAGCCUCAGAGCAAAUUGCUUUAAAUAGUUUUGGCACGGCCGAGCAUGAACUUCCAGACAUGACACCCAGAGUUGUUUGCCCCCCUUCUAGUCCGCUGAGUCCAUCCAUCCUCCAUCAGUUAUCAGUGAGCUCGAUCAACUUGCAGAGCCCUGGUUGCAAGACUUCUCCAUCAUCAUCAGCAAUCGAAGGUCAGCUCUUUUGUCAGAAGCCACCUGAGCUAAAGAACAAACCUUGCUGAAGGACUGUUAAAAUUCGUUACUUGCUAGCAAACCUUGCCGACCAAGAAGUUCCAUGUAACUUGGGAACUGAAAACUAGCUUGAUUACUGGAAUCAUGGAAAGUGAUACCUCCUUGUAAGCUGAUUGUGACAACUACUGCUGCUCCUCCAAAAUUGUUGUGUAAUGGUUUUUGGUUUGCUUAUCUACUACUGUGCCUCCAUGAAAGGAAGUUGCUUGAUAA